AUGCCUACCGCUCCCACCAGUGUCGCUGCUGCCCCCAGCAACGCCAACCACUACUUCAGCGAAGUGCACAAGACUCAGUCGACUGCCACCACCCCAGUCACUACCCCCGGAUUCAAGGCCGAAGAGGGUGAAAUCAACACACGUCGACCUACGGUCCUCAGCAGCGACUUCCCCAAGCCUAGCGACGAGAUUGAUCUCGAUUCCAUGCUUGACCGCCAGCCUGGUCGCUGGACAAUCAAGGGACAGAUGGCGGCCAACCAGCGCCGUCAACAGAAGUCUCCCAGCGAGGAAGAAUCCAAAGCACAGCGCCAGCGAGACUUCGAAAAGGCCAAGGAGGACCUCCGUGCUUCAUUCCGAAUCUGA